CCAUAGGGUCCCAAAGGAUGGCACUGCUUUCCUCCUAAUUAAACAAAUUAGAAAGUAACUGAAUAAAAAAUUAUGGGAAGUAAAGGAGAGGAACUAUAAAAGAACAAUUUUGAGAAAUAGAAGGCAGUUUGCUUCUGAGCUCAGUUCCAGUCCCUGGAGGGCAGCGGGCAUCAGCUGAGCAUCAGGAAGAAAACCCAGGCAGACAGGACAUGUGGCGGCUCCUGGUUCUGUUCCUUCCCAUCAUCCAAGGCCGCCUGAGUCUCUGCUCUGGAUGACAAGGACCAGACCGAUGUCCAGCGUCAUUAGCACAACCACUGAGACUUACUGAGUGGUGUCACCGGGAGGGAAGACCAGAGAUAAGAAGUUUCCUGUUUCUGGGCUGGAUGGCAAAUCUUUGGAGGGCAGCUGGUUCUUGAUGCUUGGAGAAGACAAGAGCUAGUAAGACAGGACAAUUUCGCUGCCCCAGCUCUGUUGCUUCUCAUCCUCCAGAACCAUGGCUGCUGGGGCAGGAGGCAGACAGUGUCCCUUCUGGGAAGGAGGACAUCAUGGAAAAUAAAAAGACCCCAUUGACUCACCUACUGACUUCAUCCUAUGUGCAGAGGCUCAUCUGCCCUCACAGCAGUGUCCAGUGCAGUGAGUGGCCCACUGCGGGGUUCACUGACUGUGCAGUGUCGCUAUGGACAUGGGUGGGAGACCUACUAUAAGUGGUGGUGUCAAGGAGCCAAGUGGAGUGACUGCCAUAUCCUCGUUCAAACUGACGGAUCAGAGCGGCAAGUGAAGCGUGACCGAGUGUCCAUCAAGGACGAUUGGGAAUCACGCACAUUCACCGUGACCAUGGAGGACCUCAGGUGGAACAGUGCAGACAUUUACUGGUGUGGGAUUGCGAGAGCUGGAACUGAUCUUGGGGUCACAGUUAAAGUGACCAUUGACCCAGUGACCGUGCAGUGUCACUACAGCCCGGCUUGGGAGACCUUCGUGAAGUCAUGGUGUCCGGACAGGGAUUUGAAUAGCUGCCGCAUCCUUGUUCAAACCACCGGACCCGAGCUGAGGAAGAACCAGCUGUCCAUUGAUCAGAAGAAGCGCACAUUCUCCAUGACCAUUUGGGGCGAGUGAAACAAGUUUUGAAAACAAUCCGCUGUUGUUCUGAUGAGUUGCUGCCCAGGCAUUUUAUAGUAGGGCAACCCUGCUCACUCCGGAAAUCUAGAGCUUAGAUAAGGCUCUCUAGAACUCCUCCAUAAGUUCCUGCUUUACUUUUCUUGAGUCACAUUUCGAAAUAACCACUUGGAGUUGAGCCCAGGAAAAAUCAGUGACCUCUGUCCUGACCAUGGUGUAAGUAAGAGGACCUGCCACCCUGCUCUGGGGCUCUUGCUCCCUCAUGGUCUGGGAUGGAGGACCGCCCUUCCUAGGCUCACUGGGCGCCUCUCCCCUACGGCUGUAAGCAAUAAACAUUGUGACUCUC